AUGGUUUUGUUAAUGGUGAUUAUGAGUAGUUUAGCCUUAAUUACAGAUGCUAAAGUUUAUUACGUUGGAGGGAAGCAAGGAUGGAACCAAAAUCCACAACUUUGGCUUGGUGACAGAACUUUUAAGGCUGGGGAUAUACUUGUUUUCAUUUACCGUAAAGGUGAGCACAACGUUGCGGUGUACUACGACGAGUUUUACUACGAGGAUUGUGCGGCACCGGACAAUGCGACAACAUACACGUCGGGGCAUGACCGUGUAAAACUUAGGAAAGGGUAUAAUUAUAUUAUAAGUAGCGUUCCCGGAGACUGCGACGAUUAUUUUCUUGCUAUUUCCCCUUAUGCUAAGUAA